CCCACCCCCCUCUCCACGCACGCACUCCCACAGUCCAAGCCGCCGCCGCCUUGCCCCAUGGAUUCCUUGCUUAUCGCUCCCCCUCUCCGAGAGAACGCAACUCCCGCCGACUGUACCCGCCGCCGCCGAUGGUGUUCGAGGACAUCCGGCUCGCCGUCGGCCUGCACCUGUCGGCCGGCCUUUUGGUAGGGAUCCCGAUGCUCGCCAUCCACCACUACGAGUUCAAGCCGGAGUGCUUCGCGGCGGGCCGGCAUCCGGCCUUGCUACCGUUCGCGUCGGGCCCGUGCAAUUGCGUCGGCCAGGUGCACGCGCUCGUCGAGGCCAAGAUGGUGCUCGCCAUGAUGCUGCAGCACUUCCGGCUCUCCCUCCCUGGCUCCCUCCCAGUGCCGGCAGUGCGGCAGAUAAGAAGGUGGCCUUAAUUAUGGGUAUCUUAAAGUUAUAGAGGCGCUUGCUUCGAGACAGAAUUGUGAGGUAGUAUGUAUGAUAAAUCAUGUUGGCUCAAUUGAUGUACAAAACUGCUAGUUCAAUAGUUAACAACUCACUGUAUGUUCGAAUUCCAACUCAGCUAGCUUAGAUUGUCCAAUUACAAAUGUAACUAGGAAUACCUUCUUUGACUUGUAGGAUGGAGAAGUUGCAGACUGUACUACUGCUGCCCGAAUUGGAUUUUUUAUUUGGAUUGGUCACUGGAACUGCCGAACUGGAAAUGUAUGUAGCUGCGGCGUGCAGUGUGUCAAAUUCUACCAUUCUCGAACUCUUUUUGAUGUGUGUAUUUGCUAGUGUGUAUGGGGUGCAUCUACUUGUUUGCAUAUAAGUUAUGCAUAGUUGUAAUUAUUUCAUCGAGCUAAAUCUUUGAAGUGGUAACAUGUGUGGUGUUUCUGUUUUGA